CUCUAAGAGCCACAAUGACUUUCCUUUCACAAGUCACUUCAACAAGCCAGAGCAGCUCACCUGGACAAGCAGAGGCAACUUACUUGGGAACUUCUCCGCUCUGGUGGAAGCAAAGGAUAAAAAAGUGAGGAGGACAAAUCAUUUCGGUGACAAGGUCUUUUUAAGCAGUUCUCAUGAUGGCAGAACACGGUGACCCUUGCACUGGGUCAGAGGUGUCCUACUGCAUGAAUGGAGGAAAGUGCUUUAAAAUUCCCUCGGUGUCCACACCCACCUGUGUGUGUGGAGAAAACUACAAAGGCAGCAGAUGUGAGCAGUUCCAGCUGCUAAGCAUUUCGAACAAUAGUGAGGAGAAGGGUAUGAUCGCUGCUGUGAUCAUCCUCCUCAUCCUCAUCCUGGUGAUGCUGGCUGUUAUCAUCUACUACAUCUGCAAAAUGAAAAGGAAAGCAGGCCAAAAUGAGAGAAAGCAGCCUCAAAAUGGUCAAGAGUAUUGGAAAGUGAAGUCAAGGGGUGCAAGUGAUUUACCAUGAGCAGCAUUAAAUGUUAUUUGAAGAAAAAAAAACAUACUAAGAAAAAUACUUGCUUACUUGCAUGCUUAUGUGGAU